CUACAUCGUACCGAUCACUAUAGAAAUAGGAUAAACUCGCUGUAUCUGCUCGUCUUUGGCUCAGUUCGCAUCUCGACUGAGAAAAUCUAUUUUCGACCGGCUCGUCAUAAAGUGUAUUUUAAAAACGAAAGACAUGGACCCAAGCAAGACGAAUCUAGCGUCGACGAGCAGCAGCGUCGGGACCUACACGGUGAAGUCCACGUCGUCCCAAGCGCCAGACGUCGUGGCGCAAAUAAUCGAUCCGACCGAUCAGAGACCGCCCAGGCAGGCCGACUACAAGAUCCGUCAGGGCCUGCCGAGCUCCGAGGGUCCGUUCGGCGUCUGCACGUCACGCGAGGCCAUCGUCCUGGACAAGCUGCCGCAGCUCGGACUCGACAGGUACAUCAGCUGCGUGGCGAACGCCGUUCAGCCGGCCAAGGUACUGAUUGCCGACGAGCUGCAGCCCGCGAGCGUCUGCGUGUUCGUCUCGGACGCCAAGCAAGCCGAGAGCCAGCACGGCCGUAUCCUCCCCAUUGACGACCACUCGCUGCUCAUGAGGCCGCUGACCCAGGAGCCGCUGGUCCGAGUACUGGCGACCGACGUAUUGCCCUUCGUCCCCGACGACACCAUCCGCAGAUAUCUGGCCAUGCAUCACAAUAUAGAGGUGAAGCAAAUCGUCUACCUGAAGACGGGCGAGCAAACGAACGGCAACCCUGUGUUUGGCUUCGCGCGUCACCUCUACGUCGCGGCCGAUGACGUGGCAAAGUUCCCGGCCAAGAUGAAGGGCAAGCAGGACGGAUGGCCUUACACCAUCUACUUCGGCUCGGAGGAGCACUGGUGCGUCGCCUGCCAGCGGGUGGGACACUUCGAGUGGAACUGCGACAAGCGACGGAUGGCCAAGUACAUCGGCUCCCGUGACUGCUGCAACGGGGCGACGUUCCCGGCACCAGUCGCGAUUCAUAUAGACCCGCCGUCUACGCCCACACAGCCAAAAGGUCUCGUAUCUCCGAUGUUCGUUUUGACGCCGCCGAGUCAAAGCGUAGGCCACGAAUCGGGUAUGAGCUCGAAUGCUCCGCACGAUAUCGAUCGAUCGAUAGAGGCCACGAGUCCAAUGAGGUCACCGAUAAAACAAGCGCAAAAAGACAUGAUCUCGCUCAUGCAAAAUCUGAACUUUUUGCCAUCGCCCACGAGAUCAAUGACUUAUCUGUCGCCCGGUAAGCAGGCGUUAAACGUCGAAAACUCGCUGACCCAAAAUCUGAGUUUGUCGCCCGGUAAGCAGACGUUAAACGUCGAAAACUCGCUGACCCAAAAUCUGAGUUUGUCGCCCGGCAAGCAGACGUUAAAUGUCAGAAACUCGCUGACCCGAAAUCGGAGUUUGUCGCCAUCCGUCGUCAAACCAAUGACUUAUCUGUCGCCCGGUAAGCAGGCGUUAAAUGUUGAAAACUCGCGGAUCCGAAAUCUGAGUUUGUCGCCAUCCGCCGCCAAACCAAUGACAUCGAACUUGAGGAGUAGGAGCUCUACGUCGAUCUUCCAGAAGAUUAAAAAUAGCUUCAGACCGUCGCCGACUUCGUACGCUGUAACAGCCUGUGAACCUGAAACAGACUUGAGCAGCGAGGAUUCUUCGACAUCGGCUUCGAGUACAACGAGCUCUCCAUCGAGCCCGAGCCCGGGCAGAAAUACGUUCGUACAGAACUUGUUCGCAGCGAACACGACUCCAUCCGAGAGUCGAUUGAACAUGGCUACGCUUCAACGCAGCCCAAGGGCUACUUCAUGGAACGCGUCGUCUCCGACGAACAGGUCCUCGAGCCCGUCGAACGCUGCGUCCGCACUCGGCCCAAGCGAGACGACUACUUCUUCGUCGACGGGACCGCGGGUGAUCGAGGUACCCAGCGAUAGAAUACCCAUCGAUCUGAUAAUCCACCCCGCUUCGGAGCACUUGGCGGGACCCGGUACUCGCACCAGUCCAAGAAACAACAGCACGCAAUAGUUCACCGGCGCAGGUCUUGCAGAUCGACAGCUUGCCGCUGGAGUCCGCGGGAACGAGAAUGGCGCCUUCCAACUCAAUGUCCGAUAGACGCAUGUCGUUUUACGUUAACACCAUCAAAUGUCAGACUCGCGGACAGCUUACCGACAACUGCUACUGCAACUCAAGACUCUAGUAGAGGCGCAGGUGUUUUAAAUGAAGUAUAUAGAUAAGGAAUAAUUUUGAACUAUGUAUAGCGGCAUGAAUGUGUCUUAUGAUAUAUAUAUCAUAUUUACAUCGAUUUUGUGUGUGUGUGUAUUUAUAUUUAUAUGUCUGUGUGUGCGUGUGUACGUGAAUGAAUGUAUAAAAACUAGCUUAGAAUAUAGGACUUAGAAAUCUAAUCGAUCAUGAUCCGACCAAUUACGCGCUGCGGCGCGAAACAAACUUGACUGUAUCUAGAUACAAGCGUUAACGCAUGUGGCACAAGUAGGCUGUACAAAAGGGGGAACUAAAAAAACUGAAGAAAUGAGAUCGCUACCGAUGGGGAUCGAUCCCCGCGUUUUUGGAAUUGUGCUCGAUAAUAACCCCGUCGUGUGUAUUUAUGAGUUCCAGCGUCAUUUACAUUGUUUUUAUGUGGGCGUGCUUGUCUGUGUCUGUUCGUUCGUAUGUCGAUGUACAAAAUAAUAAUGUGAUGUACUUUUAUUUUCACACC